AUGACCCAUGCAUGGGAGACCUUCAGGAGGGAUGAAUAUAAUGGCUUCCUCUUAAUUCAACAUUCCUAUGACUACAGUAUGGGGCCUCUGCGAUUGGUCCUCAUUGCCCCUCCUGAAAAGCUUUUUGUUCAUGGGCUGCAGGACCGCACCUGUUCAGCCUUCCUUUCUCUGGGGAAGGAAGCCGACGAAUCCUCUACUCUUCCUCGAAGGAUAUCGCUGGUCAGUUCCCCAGAGCAGCUGCCUCCGGCGGUGCAGACGGACCAUCUCCGCAACCGUCUCGGAGCGGCGCAGGAAGAAGGCGGGGCCGAUUCAAAGGCAGCCGUCGUGAGCACGCACCCAGGGACCUCGGCACCAAAGAAUUUUCUUCCCUCAGUUCCUCCUAUACCAGAUGGCUUUAAUGAAAAGAGAAAACAGUCAAGACUUCAGAUAAAUUUCAGUCUGUUUACUUCAAACAAGCAAACAAGCAAGCAGUUACAAACAGAAAAGAAUGAAGCAACUGUUAUCUCAGGGAGAAAGCUGGCUGCACAAGCCUGUGAGGAAAUACAAAGAGAUGUCAAAUUGUGGCUUGCCCUUGGCAACAAGAGACCUCAUCUCACUGUUGUUUUAGUAGGAGAAAACCCAGCCAGUCACACUUACGUAAGAAAUAAAGUAAAAGCAGCAGCAGCCGUAGGCAUUUGUAGUGAAAUAAUACUGAGGCCCAAGGAAAUUUCUCAAGAAGAACUUUUAGAUCUCACGGGCAAAUUAAACAAGGAUUCAAGAGUCAGUGGCAUAUUAGUCCAGUUACCUCUGCCAGAUCACAUUGAUGAAAGGACUGUGUGCAAUAGUGUUGCUCCUGAAAAGGAUGUGGACGGUUUCCAUAUUUUCAAUAUUGGGCGAUUGUGCCUCGACCAGCCUUCCAUUAUACCUGCCACUGCUGCCGCAGUUUGGGAAAUAAUAAAGAGAACUGGAAUACAAACAUUUGGAAGAAAUGUUGUUGUAGCUGGAAGAUCGAAAAAUGUUGGAAUGCCUAUUUCAAUGCUUUUACAUACUGAUGGAGAACAUGAAAGGCCUGGAGGUGAUGCUACCGUGACAAUAACUCAUAGAUACACGCCAAAAGAUCAGCUGAUGAUCCAUACACAGCUUGCAGACAUUGUAAUAGUCGCUGCAGGUAUUCCAAAGUUAAUUACUUCUGAUAUGAUUAAAAGAGGAGCAGCAGUGAUUGAUGUUGGCAUCAACCACAUUCAUGAUCCUCUCACAGGAAAGACAAAGUUAGUGGGAGAUGUAGACUUUGAAGAAGUAAAGAAGAAAGCUAGCUUUAUCACCCCUGUCCCAGGAGGUGUGGGACCAAUGACAGUUGCCAUGCUCCUGAAGAAUACCUUAAUUGCUGCAAAGAAAUUGAUUUACUAAAAUGUACAAAUUGAAGUAAUUCUAUAGUUAUAUAAACAUUUAUUUUUGUUACAAAUGUAUUUAUUAAAAUGUGUUUAUUCAUGUCAGAUUAUUGAGAAGAGAUUUAUU